AUGCCCUGGGAGCACAAUGUCAUCAGCUUCUCCCAGCAACUUCUCACAGGCACCCCCCGUACCCCCUCCCACCAGCACACCAGAAAAUGGUGGUAUGGCCUGCAGAGCCCCAAGUCUACUGAGGCUGAUGCGAUGCUCCCAGGCUGUGGGCAGUAUCACACUCAGCAAUGGCAGAGCCUGGUGGGGCAGACCCUCCCCCUGAGGUGCCAGUACCCACCCAAGGGCGGGCACUAUGAGAAGUAUGUCUGGUGUAAGGAGCUAUUGGUGCUCAUAUGCGCCAGGUUAGUCACCAGCUCCAGGCCCCACACACUGACAGCCUCCUGGCUUUCAAUCUGAGACAACCCCGGUGUGGGAUUCUUCAUUGUCACCAGGGCCGAUCUGAGGGAGGAUGCAGGGUACUACUGGUGUAGAAUCUACCACCCUGCCAGCAACUCUGUCUCUCAGUAAAGCUUCUCUCUGGCAGUGUCUCCGGGAGGCCACCUGGAGGAGGGGCUUCACCAGAACCCCACCGUGCUGGCCUGUCGAUCUCAGACUGCCAGCGUCCAGCCUGGAUCAGGGGCCCAAGAACAGAGCUGCCACACCAGCCCUGUCAUCUCCCUUUUUGUCCCUCUGUCCUCCAGGGAACAAAACUCCACCCUCCACUCCAGCCCUGCACCCCCAAGUGCCCUGGUCCCCAUCUGCGGACUCCUCCUGACCAACAGCCUAGUUCUGUCAGCCCUGCUUGUCCAGGUGUAA